CACCUAUGGUUCCGGUAAUAAUGGGUUGAAUGAGUACUCAAUUGAUGGAACGAACGAGUACUACGAUUUGAGCUGGACGUGUUUUGACACCUGUCAUUAGACAAAAAACCUAAUUGAUAGCACGUCCGCCGCCAUGGCCAAUUUAUUCAGGUUUUUUUAACUCUACCUCUUCCCCGUAUCGUCGCCGCCGCCCCACUCUAGCCGCCGGUGUCGACCUCCGUCCCCAGGAGCUGUCAUAUUCUAAUGCGUCUGAGCUCCCGUCGUCGGAGCGUUAAUCGUUGCCGGAGAAUUACGUAGUUUUGCUUAGCCAUACUCUCUUCUCUGUCUUCUCUGUUGGUUCGUCGAAUUUUCGUGAAAUGGCGUUGGUGAUCGGAUGUUGCUCUCUCAAGUCUACUCAUCGAGGUGUGCUUCCAAAAUGGAGAUCACCUAGAGCAGCUGUGAUUCCCAACUUUCACCUCCCAAUGCGUAGUAACGAAGUUAAAAAUAGGACUAAUGUUGAUGACAUAAAAUCGCUGAGACUGAUUACAGCCAUCAAGACACCGUAUCUCCCGGAUGGUAGAUUCGACUUGGAGGCCUAUGAUGCCUUAGUGAACAUGCAAAUCGAAGAUGGUGUCGAGGGAGUGAUUGUUGGUGGCACCACUGGUGAAGGCCAGUUGAUGAGCUGGGACGAGCAUAUUAUGCUCAUUGGCCACACGGUGAACUGUUUUGGUAGUUCUGUUAAAGUCAUUGGCAACACGGGGAGUAACUCAACCCGAGAAGCUAUCCAUGCCACUGAACAAGGCUUUGCUGUUGGUAUGCAUGCAGCGCUCCACAUUAAUCCUUACUAUGGUAAAACCUCCUUGGAGGGUUUGGUCUCUCACUUUGACAGCGUGCUUCCCAUGGGCCCUACGAUCAUCUACAACGUUCCAUCACGGACUGGCCAAGAUAUCCCACCACGCGUGAUUCACACCGUAGCUCAGAGCACCAACUUGGCAGGCAUCAAGGAGUGCGUUGGAAAUGACAGGGUGGAGCAGUAUACAAGCAAUGGUAUAGUCGUGUGGAGUGGGAACGACGAUGAAUGCCACGACUCAAGGUGGGAAUACAAUGCUACUGGAGUAAUUUCAGUUACAAGUAAUUUGAUCCCAAGUCUAAUGAGAGAGCUCAUGUUUGGAGGAAAGAAUCCAGCUCUGAACGCAAAACUUAUGCCUCUAAUCCAGUGGCUUUUCCGCGAGCCCAACCCGAUUGGUGUGAACACAGCCCUAGCUCAGCUCGGGGUCGUGAGACCAGUUUUCCGGUUGCCAUACGUGCCCCUUCCUCUGGCCAAGAGGGUCGAGUUUGUGAACAUAGUCAAGGAACUCGGAAGGGAGAAUUUUAUAGGAGAGAAAGAUGUCCGGGUCUUGGAUGACGACGACUUUGUUUUGAUCGGUCGGUAUUAGGUGAACCAGGGUUUCGUUUCGACUCGUUUCUUUUGAUAUGCCUUGCUUUAACUAAACAAUAAUUGAAAAUUUUGAGUUCUGCUCUCCUUGUGGUGUGGCAAGGUAAACUCCCGAAGCUGCUGGUAAGUGGAGAUGCUUGGUGCUUGUAAAGUAAGCAGUUUUGUUGAAUCUCGUAUCAGAUUUUCUGUUACACUUUCCUGUUUAA